AUGAUUUAUUCUAUUGAGCAGUUUUUGGAGUGGAAAAAUAAUCACACCAGCAAGAGUACAACACAACAAUUCAACAACACAAUAUCGACGAACAGUAACAAGGGAAACGAUUUACAGGCUAGAUCGCUAAUCGAAUUCCGACUCUGUUAUUAUAAAAAUUUACCUCGAUACUAUACAACACGAGCCCACCACCUCAACAGAAAAAUGGUGAAAAAAAUCGCGCCCGUCCGAUGA